AUGCGACAAAGGGGUGUGACCGGCAACAAGAUUGACGUGCCGGUGAUAAACUUCGGUUUCGCGUGCCUGCAGCUGGCUUUCGUGUUCUUUCCUCUCCCACCUCCCCUUUUCCCCACCCUACACUACACACCCUCCCCACAUACUCAAUACUCCCGCCCCUCCUCUUCUCCACACAACCCCCACCAGUCCGUGACAUUUUCCGUGGUGUACGCGCCCGUGAUCGGCUUCGCGUGGCUGCUGCUGGGAGUGGGUUUCGUGCUCUUCCUGGUGUCGCUCUUCCUCUUCUGCCGCGCGCGCUGGGACGAGAUGCGCGACCCCGCCGCGCACGUGUACUCGCCGCAGAACAUCUCGCUGUUGCUUUACGCGCUCGUCGUCGGCAGCAUGAUUGUCAUCACGGGGUUCGGCCUGAUGAUUGCCGGGAGCGUGCAGCUGAACGACAGGCUGGGCGAAAUCGGCGAUUACACGAUUAAGGUUACCAACGCGACGACGACGGCGGUGUACAACGUGGCGUCGGCGAUCCAGGUCACCGCGGGCACGCGAAUCAACGAACAGCUCUUGCAGCCGGAGCAGCGGCUGCAGAUAUUCGAAUUCUCCAAGAGGGUGACGUCAGCGGCGCUCGAGCUUAACGACAAAAUAACGAACAGUGACUCGGAGCUGCGAGACUUCGGGAAGAAAAUCAUGUGCACGCUCGUGUGGGUCACAGCCUUUGUCACCUGGUGCAUCGUGGCUGUCUUCCUCACCGUCGUCACCGCAGACACAGAAUCAGCAGUGAAGGAAGUGACGCUGUACCCAUCCCUCAGCACCGCAUUCAACCCCUUUGUAGCAGGCCUCAAUCACAGCACACCCUCCCCUUCCCUCUGCAUCCUCAUCCCCCCCUUCCCUCCCUCUCCCCUUUUUCUCCUCGGCGUCAGCACAGACACAGAAUCAGCAGUCAAGGAAGUCACGCUCGUCAGCACAGACACAGAAUCAGCAGUGAAGGAAGUCACGCUGUACCCAUCCCUCAACACCGCAUUCAGCCGCUGGGUACCGUGCCUCAACGCCACCAAGCUCGGCGACGCGGCUAGAUUUGCCCGCUUUGCUGCCUAUGACGUCAUCACCUUCACCAACGCGAAUCUUCAAACCACCUACCCCAAGGUCUUCCCGCGUCUGAACGCGACAGCAGGCAUCUGCUCGCCCUUUGGCCCGGGCCCUGACUAUCUCUACAACGACACUGCCUGCCCGCCCAACUCCAUCUCCUUCCGCCAGUUGAAAGACCUGCUCCCCGAGGUCACCUGUCCGGACGCGGGCUGCCCCAGGGGCAAGGAUGGGAAGCCGCCAUUGGACAUGAUGCCAGCAGCAGAGGCGAGGGACGAGCGCCUCGCAUGGAUCUCCGUUGACCGCCCCGUGCCGCUAGUGGCUCUGCUCCCAGAGGUCACCUGUCCAGACUUAGGCUGCCCCAGGGGCAAGGAUGGGAAGCUGCCAUUGGACAUGAUGCCAGCAGCAGUGGCCAAAGACGUGCGCCUCGCAUGGAUCUCCGUUGACCGCCUGGAUGGCUCCGUGCCGCUCGUGGCCGCCCUCUCCAACUGCUCUCACGUCUCCAGUGUUGCCAGGUACGUGGGAGGGGCAGCAACAGGAGUGCAGAGUGCAGCAGUGCUGCUGUGGACGGGAGCCAUGGUGCUGGCUGUGGGAGCCAUGGUGGUGGCCGUGGCGGCUCCCCUCUAUGUCUUCCGUGCCAUGCGCUGCCUGCCCGAUGGGGGCAAGGGUGCCGACAGGUGA